AUUCUGGCUCAUCUUCACCCAUUGCAGAGAAGGACAUAUCCAAAUUGGCCGCUGCGGUUAAGUGCUGGCAGCUUCAAGUUGAGUUGCGCCAACAUCUCUACCAUGGCACUCGAUUGGACGAUGCUGGAUGGGAGGCACCAACCUAUACCCUUGCGUGAUGAGAUUACCAUCAUGUCCAUAGAUCGUGAUUCCCAAGCAGAGUUCUCCUUGACCAUACCCGACGCGCCACCUUCGGGCACUGCUGCCACUGGAGGCAAUGGCGGGGUGAAGAACUUGAAGGAGAGAGGAAAACUCUGGCUGACGAACAAGCGACUGAUAUUCACAACACCCAAAGAGGGAAAGACCAAGCCGUCAUUCGAAUCGCUGUCGGUUCCGCUGGACGCGAUCCUAUCUAGCAAAUUCGAACAGCCUUACUUCGGUGCUAAUUACGUGGUGCUUGAUAUCAGACCUUCACCAGAUGGUGGGCUUACGGACGGCACGAGCGUCGAGAUCCGGUUUUAUGACAGGGGUUUGUUUGAGUUCGUAAGCGUACUGGAGAAGACGCGCGAAAGAGUUGUUUAUAUGAAGAGACAGGCGGCCAUGGAAGACGACGAGAACUUGCCUGCAUAUACGUCAUCCGGUUCCGCGCCGGCGGCGUCGAAUUCAUAUGCGGAUACCCCGCCUGGAUAUGAUGCUUGAAAUGAUUUUAUCCAUCCAGCACAAUGCUCUGUAUCAACAAUGUCGGACUUUGCAACCAAUGUAAUAUGUAUACAGUAUUCAGAACUUCCAGUCUCGUCGUCCAUGCAUGUUAGGUGUUAUAAUUAUCAAUGCGUUAGUGCAACAUUUGCUGACAAUAACGUUCCCUCAAACUUUCAGUGAUAUA